AUGUCGUGCCGCUCCUACAGGAUCAGCUCGGGAUGUGGGGUCACCAGGAACUUCAGCUCCUGCUCAGCUGUGGCCCCCAAAACUGGCAACCGCUGCUGCAUCAGCGCCGCCCCCUACCGAGGGGUUUCCUGCUACCGGGGGCUGACGGGCUUCGGCAGCCGCAGCCUCUGUAACCUGGGCCCCUGCGGACCCCGCGUGGCUGCCGGGGGCUUCCGCGCCGGCUCCUGCGGGCGCAGCUUCGGAUACCGCUCCGGGGGCGUGUGCGGGCCCAGCGCCCCCUGCAUCACCACUGUGUCGGUCAACGAGAGCCUCCUCACGCCCCUCAACCUGGAGAUCGACCCCAAUGCGCAGUGCGUCAAGCACGAGGAGAAGGAGCAGAUCAAGUGCCUCAACAGCAAAUUUGCUGCCUUCAUCGACAAGGUGCGCUUCCUGGAGCAGCAGAACAAGCUGCUGGAGACCAAGUGGCAGUUCUACCAGAACCGCGAGUGCUGCGAGAGCAACCUGGAGCCCCUGUUCAGCGGCUACAUCGAGACGCUGAGGCGGGAGGCCGAGUGCGUGGAGGCCGACAGCGGGAGGCUGGCCUCGGAGCUCAACCACGUGCAGGAGGUGCUGGAGGGCUACAAGAAGAGGUAUGAAGAGGAGGUGGCCCUGAGAGCCACAGCAGAGAACGAGUUCGUGGUUCUAAAGAAGGACGUGGACUGCGCCUAUUUGCGGAAAUCAGACCUGGAGGCCAAUGUGGAGGCCCUGGUGGAGGAGUCCAGCUUCCUGCGGCGCCUCUAUGAAGAGGAGAUCCGUGUUCUUCAAGCCCACAUCUCAGACACCUCAGUCAUUGUCAAAAUGGACAACAGUCGGGACCUGAACAUGGACUGCGUUGUCGCUGAGAUCAAGGCUCAGUAUGAUGAUGUCGCCAGCCGCAGCCGGGCCGAGGCCGAGUCCUGGUACCGCAGCAAGUGCGAGGAGAUGAAGGCCACGGUGAUCAGGCACGGGGAGACCCUGCGCCGCACCAAGGAGGAGAUCAACGAGCUGAACCGCAUGGUCCAGAGGCUGACGGCUGAAAUUGAGAAUGCCAAGUGCCAGCGUGCCAAGCUGGAGGCCGCCGUGGCCGAGACUGAGCAGCAGGGCGAGGCAGCCCUCAAUGACGCGCGCUGCAAGCUGGCUGAGCUGGAGGCUGCCCUGCAGAAGGCCAAGCAGGACAUGGCCUGCCUGCUCAAGGAGUACCAGGAGGUGAUGAACUCCAAGCUGGGCCUGGACAUCGAGAUUGCCACCUACAGGCGCCUGCUGGAGGGCGAGGAGAGCAGGCUGUGUGAAGGUGUGGGCUCCGUGAAUGUCUGUGUCAGCAGCUCCCGUGGUGGAGUCUCCUGUGGGGGCCUCACCUACAGCACCACCCCAGGGCGCCAGAUCGCCUCUGGCCCCGCAGCCACAGGGGGCUGCAUCACGGUGACAGCCCCUGACUCCUGCUCGCCCUGUCAGCCCCGCUCCUCCAGCUUCAGCUGCGGAAGCAGCCGGUCCGUCCGCUUCGCCUAG